GGUCAGUGGGGCACACCCCGGUCUCCGCCUGGGGAGGGAGCCAGCCCCAAGCUGCUGUGGCUCCCACGGCGGGCGCUGCGCUUACUGGGACUCGGGUCCUCUGGCCGCUGCCCACUGCAGGGCUCCGUGCCCUUGCCAGGAGGGGACCGCUGUCCUCCGGCCGCGCUCCGAGCUGAGCCCCGGGGGCGGGCUUUCGGUCAUUAACCUGGUGAUGGCAGCUGAAUCUGCUGCUGGCGUAGGCGGCACAGCGCCGCCACCGGCUUUCCCAUGUCCGGCAGGGCACCACUGAUCCUGCUCUCCUGGGCCACUAUGGUGACUGCUUUCGGCCCCUUCUGUGAUUAGUGUUUUAAAGUGAGUUUUGGAUCUGUGUCUACAUGGAGGUGUCGGAUCUGCUGUCAGUUGUCUUGGACAGUUGGCAGGGCAUGGGACGGCUCUUUCAAAGCUUCACUGGAAGGCAGUGCUCUCCAGCCGCCAAACCACCACUACCAGCAGCAGAAAACCCACUAUUAAGUUAGUAUUACAAACCUGGCAAGUCAGUUCUCUAAAUUAGGCAUAAGUCUAUGAAUCUUGAUGUGACUGGUCACAGUGGCUUAUCUCUGCAUGCAUGCUACAUGGUGGACCAGAGGAUAAUUCUGUAUUCGUCGUCCACAGCCUUUGAUCUCUUCCCUGCCCAUGAAGAUGUACUUGAGUCCUCCAUUCCACUUUAAAUAGCCAGCUCCUGUCCACAUGGAACGGCACAUCUUUUAUCUUUUGCUACCUGCAGCACCUAGCAGAGGCCAGCAUUCAAUAACAGAGGGCCAGAGGCUUGCUUUAAAGGCCUCUGCAAACUUGUAUGAGUAAAAUGGUUCUGACCAUGCUCCCAGGCUCCUCAUGCAUAGUGGUGAUGAGAUAGUCUACCGUCCUAACUGGGGCACCGUUGAGAGUGAACGGAGGCACUGUUAAUAAUUAGACGAAGUGCACACUCACAGUACCCAUGACCUGCUGUGCAGCUCCUUCAAGAACUACUGUAAGGCCCGGCUCCCCAACCAGAACCCCUGUUGUCUUCCUCAAUGAAGAAGGCCUCUGAAGACAAGUGACUUAAGAACAUAGUUUAUAUGUAUUGAAUACUGUUGUGCCUUUUCACAGAGAAGAGGUCGGGGCCAGAGCAGCUCACUGCCCGACGCCACACACAUCCGUGCUGGCGUCCAUGUGUCAUCCUGCCUCUCUAGCCAGCAUGGACAUAUCCCGAGGAUGGAGGACAGAGGAACGCAGAUUUAGGGCAGAAUGUAAAUGUGAAAGUUGACUUGGAGUCCCUGCAACUCAUAAGCCCCAGUAGGCUGAUGAAGAGAGAAGGGCAAAGGGUGCACACCUCAUGUGGGUCUUAGGUUAGGAUGUAAAGGCUGAUUAUGUCUAUCAUACAAUGAAUCAAUGGCAUACUGCACAGAUCGCUGCGUGGGGAAAUAUGCUCGUGUAAUUUACAGUCGGAAGAGGGACAUGCUGCUCACUGGGGCAGGGAGAAGAAGGAGCUCCUCAGGGAGCUGCAGCUCUCACAGCCCCUAGGAUGUCACCUGGAAUCCUGAAAAAAUAACUGCCACCUGGCCUUUAAUGACCCAACCACAGCGAGGUCUUGCCUUUGCAGAAGGAAAUUAUCACCCGGAGAACCCGGCCGACCGUGUCAUGCACACGACGAUCCCACGGUGCUGUUUUCUGUCAACAGUGUUUCCCAGCCAUUCCCUCCUGCCUGCCGGCUCCUCUGCUCUCCAGGGCUUUCACUAACCCACCUGCCCAACUGACCAGCAUUAGGCUGUCCAGUUAGCCCACAUCUGUCCAGGGGUCUCAAAGGCUCAGGACCCCAAGACACCAUCCAGGUAGCAAAGAGGAGAGGGAACCCAGUCUGGAGAGUAGAAUAACGUUUCGCUCCAAUUUGAGAUCCCAAAAUGAGAUGCUGCCCGGGACCAGAAGUCAGUUUCUUAGGAGCGUGCUGUCUACCCAGGAGCCUCCGUGUGCAAACAAAACACCCCCUUGAGCAGCAGAGGGACAGGGUGGAGUGGGGCAGGUGUCUGUUCAUCCCCACAGAGCCACACCCAGGUCCCUUCCUGCAAAGGCCAAGGACCUUCCCCAUUUUAAUUGGAACCAAAGCAAGCCUUGCAGACCACUGUUGCCACCACAGCUAGUGUGAUGAGGAGAAAUAACCUGCUGGCUCCUCCCUGGGAAAGAACCAAGGUGGUGAUAAGAUCUGUGGCUCAGAGCACUUCCCUGCAGGUUAAGGCCACGCCUAGUAAACCGGGGCUCGACUGAGGAGCCCCGGCAGGUGCCAAGCCUGCCCAGAGUCUGCAGUAGAGACUCUCUGUUCUUGGCCAUGUCUCUGAAUUUCUGAGGAAGUCUUUUUUGUUUGUUUUUGUUUUUCCCUGGUCUGAUGUACCUGGAGAGGGAAUUAGCCUCACACCCAGUUAGGGAACAAAAAGCCAAGUAAACAAAAGAAUGCUGUUCCACCUUCCUCCAGGGAACUGGCGCCCAUAGCUGCAGGCACAGGUGCCCAGCCCGCUCACUGGCCCAGCAAGGUGCUUGGUCUCAGGCCCCCAGAGCCCGUCCUGGAGCCGCAAACAUGCUCGCUAUUAUCCAUGGAAAAAGAGAGGCAUUCUCUUUGUUUAUAGCCUAAGCCAAGUCACCUGAUUCACUCUCACUACUCUGCAGUUUGGAAUUGUAAAAAGCAAAAGGCUACAAAAAUCAAAAACAUCCACCUAUGUAAUGAACCGUUUCUUAUCACAGCCCAGGAAGGCACAGAUAGGAAUCAGUGUGCGUAAGCUCUCCACGUGGAAACCCUGUGAAAACAGCAGCCUUUCCUAAGCGUCUGGCUCCUAGGAGCUGGAUGUUAAUUGUUGCUAAAGCCUGGGUUCAUUACUACAAAAGGAAAUAAACAUUCCAGAGUCAUUUUGAAAGCAUUUUGAUUGUUCUAGAACAUUCACCCAAGGUUGAGCGUUUCAUGGUGCAUGGCAGGUUCGGCCAGGAGCUGGCCAUGGCCUUUCCACUCCUUUCCUGCCAUCCUUCUGAGGAUGCAGUGCCCGGGGCCUCGCAGUUCUCUUUCCACUCAAAUCUAAGGCUCUAAAGCUUCAACAACUGCCCUGGGACAAUAAGAAGCGCUGAGUCCCCACCCUGCCUGCUCUCCUUUCUACUCAGUGGGGAAACUGGAUCACUCGCCUUGGUGGAUCACUCGCCUUGGUGGAUCACUCGCCUUGGGGAAAAGCCUUUUACGUCACUGAAUACAUCCCCUUCCACGGUUUUCAUCCAACAGUCAGCCAGGCUGCUGCAGCACACAUAAAAGCUUCCCCUGCCUGCAAAGAGCUCCGAGUAGGUGGGAAAGAGAUGGAUGUGCGGACAGGCUUAACCCAGCACGACUGGCGGAGGGGUGUGGAGACGGUGGUCGGGGGUGGGUUCCCGGGGGUACUGAUGCCCAAAAUAAAAUGUCAAGGACGAGCCAGUGUUUGCUGAGAGAACGAGGGGAAGUGAGAAAGGGUGUUCUAGGCAAGGGAUCAACAUCCGCAAAAGACAGUGUGAAAGAGAGCACCCGGAAACUUCGCGGGGAUCACCGGGCGUGGGACUUGCUGGCCCCAGCUCUGACAGGGCCCUGAGCAACAGAGGAAAGAACUUCCCGACUAACAGGGACAGCAACAUCAAAAGCGAUGGCUUUUGUGAAACUAAUUCAGCCACCUUGGAGCAGAGGAUUCCUCUGCUGGUUUCUGUUUCUGCCAGCUCUGUGCAGUGCAGGUGCUAUGAUGCUCUCUCUCCCUCACACACACAUACAGGGACCCGGGUGCCUCUCAGGUUGAGAGGGGUGGUCACCAUCCCCACACUCAGGCCCUCUCUGUCUCCAGGCCUGCUGCUUCUGAACAGGCCUGGGGCAGUCCAUUUCUAUUGGGAAACCCUAUCAAAGUUAGCCCCGGGUUUCAGCCAAGUUCACCUCACUGCUCACAGACAUUCAUUAUUAACAGACUGCUUGAUAGCACUUUGGGCUCUUUUUAAAUAAGACAUAGGAAGAAAAAUGCCAACGUCUCACUUGAAAUGCUCCUGACAGCUAGCCUGACGGGGUCCUGUCGCCCCUGUCCACACCCUGCCAUGGCCAUGGUCUCCAAAGCUGCACAUGGGCUCCAGACAUUUUCACGAGUUAUGAACCAAAGAGAACCAAGACCCCUGGAGCAGGUUCUCCUUCCCAGUCCCAUGUUCCUUUGAAAGCAAUGAAUAGAGGCCAGGGAAGCAAGUGUUUAUACUCCAGUUUAGUACUAGUGAAACAUCGGGAAAUUCAUUGUGUUGGUAUCAAAGCCCAAACUCAGAACAUAAAAACCAUAAAACUGCAAAGCCUCUGCAGUCUGAGCGUGCGCUCCCCAGGCCUCCGCCGUCUGACCGUGCGCUCCCCGGGCCUCCGCGGUCUGACCCUGCGCUCCCCAUGCAAGCGCCACCCACAGGUGCAUCCUGGGGGCUGCCUCCUCCACGUUCACCAGCAGUGUGGGGUGUGACGGGGCCCAUGUUGUUGUCACCCCCACCCUGCCCCACGUUUCCCCUGCACACGUGUCCGUUCACAAAGAUUCUGAGCAAAAGGUCACAGAACAGCUUCCUCUGCCCUUUAUAUGUGGGGAGGAGGCCAAAGAUCUGCAGGCGUCAUCAUUCCAGGCCAGGGCUGGUGACAGGGAGCAAGUGCCGGCACCCUCGUGCUUCACGUGGGUUGGUUUACUUAACCCUCCUGUCUCAUGAAGAUUUUUACUAAGCCUGCGGAAACCGAGGCACACAGCAAGGAUGUCAACUGCCUGCAAAGGCAUCUGUUGUGCAAGCCAGGACUGGAAAAGCUCAGCCUGCAGUGCACAUGCUUGCUGCCCGCUCCAGAGCCCAGGCCCUUAACCACUUCCUUCCUAGGAAGACGGAGGGCAAGGGAGUUUCUUACAGUGCUUUAUGUCAACUCCUGCUGCUGCCCACCACUAAUCCAGGCCCCUGCAGACAGCAGGGCACGGUCCUUCCUAUUAGCAGGCUUACUCCGAAGCCCUGUCUAACAUUCCCUCAUGUCAGGUAGAAGGAAUUAGACCAGAGGUCAAGGCAGCGGCUGGAAUCAGUGGUGCUUUCUCAAAGUAGGAAAACAGUUUUAGGACUGUUUUUGGUCAAAUUUUGGGCUCCACUGUACUGGGUUCUAUGACAGAGAAGCCACCAAGGUCCCGUGCGAGGAGCCCUGGGCAGGGACAGCUGAAGCUGUGCACCUGGGCCCUCCUGAUUGCCUCCCACCAGCCAGGCCUGGCAGCAGCCAGCAGCCACCCCACCCCACCCCAACAAGGAGAGCUGCCCCACACUGUCGGCCCCCAAAGCUCAGGACACACGGGCCCUCCCAGGUCUCUCUGGUGGGCUAGGCCUUGGCAGGGCCCCCCCAGCGGGCCCCACUCUGAACCGCAAGCACAGGGUCUUCUGCAGUGUGAGACCUGCUGUCAGCACAGGCCUGCAGGCUCAGGGCUGUGCAGGGACACAGGGGCCGGCACCGCUGGGCACCCUGUCCUUUCCCAGCCUGCCUGUGCACCCUGUGGGCAGUGACUCCUCAGGCACAGUGGCCCAAAGUCACAGGUGGUCUGUCAGGGGCUCUCCAGGGAGCUGCACACACUCAGGUUUAGAUCAGGAACAGAACAGAUCCCCAGGGCAUUUGCUCAGGCUCAGAGUGGAGCAGGGAGCUGUCCACCUGCAGCGGGCACAUCCAUGGACUUCCAAGCCAACAGGGACAGCUGCCCAGACGGGCUGCCCAAGCCAACCAAGGAUCCUGUACCAUCGGUCCCUGUGGCUUGGGAGUCUGACACUUUCUGGCUUUCCUUUCUCAAGCGGCCCCAGCUUCUCCAAGUCCUGAGCCUGGGGCUCCCAGCUCCGAGCGGAUGCUCUGCAAGUGGCGUCCCUGCACCCUGGUGUAGGCGGAUGGAUGCGGGAGAGCCUGCAAGGAAGUAAGGCCCAGUAGCCUUCCCGGGCUUGGAACGCCGCAGCCUAGGAAGCAUCUUCCCAGGAAAUCGCAGUCGGAGCCCAGCACGGGGACUUGGAAGAAAAGACUCCACCUUCUAUCCUCACGAGUAUGCAUUAGGAGUGAGCACCGCUCAGCAGAUGACACAGAGGCACAGCUGAGGACCCAGGGAGGGGCACUCCGGAAACAGCUACAUCCACAGGUGCUAGGCAGGGACCAGGAACCCAGAAGGCUUGACGUGCAGGGGGUCUCGGAGAAACUCUGCCCGUCCUUCCCAGCCUCUUGCUUAGUUGGGCCUCACCCUAGCCUGCUGGAGAUGGCGGCCAUGCCAUCAGAGAGGGGGAUGGGCAGAUUGGCUGAGGUCACCCCACAGGCCAGCAGAGGCCUGGGUGGGAGUGCACAGCCCCGCAGAUGGCUGCUUAUGGGGCCCAGAGGCCACCCCUGCGCCGCAGAGGGCACCAGCACACGCGGACUUCUCGGAGGCUUCAUACAGCUCCCAGGCCCUACAAGCAGCGUGUGGGCAGAGGCCCAGGCCCCUUCCUGUCACUCAGAGAAGCUGCUGCUCCCAGAAAACAGGGCGCCAGCCUCCCAUCAACACUGUGUCCCAACCCCGGUCCUCUCAGGAUUCCUGUGUGGAAAUGUCACUUCUGUCUCAGCUCUCUGGGGUGCACCUGGUGUCCAGCUCUGCCCCCUUUCCGCUUAAGCAGCUGCUGGGAGACCCUGAGCCAGGCCGCCGAGGUUCUGAGCUUGUAAGGGGUGCAGCAGUUUCCCGCACAGCGUGGGGAGCACAUUUGCUCAUGUCUCCCAGGCUGGCUGUACACUCUGAGGCCAGCCCUGGGCUCUGACACCCUCCCGCUUCCGCUGGGCUUUCUAAGCCCUCCUCUCCUGUCCACUGCUGGCCCAUGGCCCAGGCCCAGCCUUGAAGCUGUAAAGACCUCUCACCCCAUCCAAAUGAGACUGGUCAGAUAUCUCCCGCAUGUCAGCCACCACUGGAUUGGGAAGGACGGGUAGUAGGUGCAAGGCUGGCCCUUUUUAUGAGAGUUAUUUAAAAAACAAAAACAGGUCAGGCACAGUGGCUCACACCUGUAAUCCCAGCACUUUGGGAGACUGAGGCAGGAGGGUCACUUGAACCCAGGAGUUUGAGACUAGCCUGGGCAACAUAGUGAGACCCUGUCUCAAAAAACAUUAAAUGAAAACAUUAGCCAGCUGUAGUGGCACAUGCCUGUAGUCCCAGCUUCUUGGGAGGCUGAGAUGGGAGGAUCGCUUGAGCCCAGGAGGCAGAGGGUGCAGUUAGCUAUGACAGUACCAUUGCCCUCCAGCCUGGGUGACUGAGAGAGAUCCUGGCUCCAAACAAAAAAAUAAAAACAGAAGGAGGAAUAGAUGAAUCCCAUUUGUGACAUUAAUGAAUUCUCUUAUAGGGAAAAUAAAACGAUUGAAACUGGGCCAUCUUGGACAGCUGAGGCCCAGGCAGGGCCAGCUCCUUCCACCUUCCCAGCCAAGAUGCUGCCUGCAGCCCCUCCCCUCCUGGCCCGAGAUGCUGUCAUUGUCCCCAAGAGACCCUGAGGCCUGCUCCAGGCUGAGUGGGUGAGGAGCCUCUGAGCAGGCGCCUGCGUCGAGGCGUGCCCUCCUGAGAGGCGAGGCUGACCUGCAGCGUCCAGCUCGGCUGGGGACACUCGCCUGAGAAGAGCCCAGUCCUGGGUGCCUCCCUAGGGGAGGGCCUUGGGGCUGCUUGUGCUGGCACCCACGUGGGCCUGGGGAGGGACCUGUGUGUGGGUGGCAGGUCUUGAGGAGUCGUGGGGGAGGUUUCGGGGGGAGAUGCUGGUGGUAACAGUGGGAGGUAGGCAGUGAAACCAGCAGUGUGACUUUGGAGGUGCUGGAGGAGCAGGGCCUGGUGGACGAGGUGGGGGAGCCAGGAAGGAGCAGCUGCCAGGGACGGCCUGGCCUGGGAGGGUGGCCAGGAACUGGGGGAGAAGCUGGUGGUCUCUCAGUGCAACGGUGGGGCUGGCCUGGAGGAGAGGCCCACAGGGUCCCUGCUGGCUGAGGGUGCAGUGGCGGGCCCCGGAAGCUGAAUAUCACCCCUGCCACCGGGCAGGCAGUGCUCAGAGCGAAACGGGUGACUGGAGGGCAUGUGCCAGCUCUGUUCCUCAAGCCUGGCCCAAGAGGGACCUGCAGCAUGGGGUUGGGGGACAGGCGGCCCUUCUCUGUGGUCUCUCCUGCCUUCUGAGGGAGCCUCCAGAAUCUUUCAUCGCCGCCGCAACAAACUCAGGCUUUCGUGUAGGAAAAGAGCCCACUUCUGAAGAGGCUCAUCUAGGCUUUCUCUCCCAGCCUCUAAGUCUCCCAUCACCUGGCUCCCCGUUCCUCUUUCCCUUGAAGGAAGUCAGCAGAGUGCAUGGCUGACGGGAAAGAAGGCACAGCGGGCCUGCCCAGCGGGGGGAGAAGCCAGGCCAUUGUUCUCCAGUUCCAGGAUGCCCUGCUUCCCCAGACAGCCCGGCAGCCAGGAAAAGGAAGUCUCUGGGCACAGAGGCAAGCGGGGGGCACAGAGGCAAGCGGGAGACCACGGACAGGCAAAGAGUCGAAGGCUCCACCCACCUGGGCCAGGCCAGGCUCCCAGAAAACCCCUCUGCGGCCAGGCAGGCACAUGGGGCCCAGGCCAUCCCCCUCACUCGGACGCAGGUGUGGCGACAGCGGGGGAGGGGUGUCCAUGGCAGAGCCCAGAACCUUGCUCAGGACAGGACCCUGGCUAAUGUGCCUGGAACAGCUCAGUGACAGGGAGCUGGGUUGGCUGUGAGGGUCGGGCACGCGUCACGAGUCUCCUGUGACCAGGAGAGGUGGGAACACUGGCUCACAUGACUUGCCGGGCCCUGGUACGUUGUGGUUCUGCGGGUGCCCCCUGCAGCUCCCAGCCUUCAAAAUGUACACCUCGCUGGGCAUGGUGGCUCACGUCUGUAAUCCCAGCACUUUGGGAGGCCGAGGUGGGCGGAUCACCUGAGGUCGGGAGUUCGAGAUCAGCCUGGCCAACAUGGAGAAACCUUGUUUCUACUGAAAACACAAAAUUAGCUGGGUGUGGUGGCAGUCGCCUGUAAUCCCAGCUAUUCGGGAGGCUGAGGCAGGAGAAUCGCUUGAACCCGGGAGGCGGAGGUUGCAGUGAGCUGAGAUCGUGCCAUUGCACUUCAGCCUGGGCAACAGAGCGAGACUCCAUCUCAAAAAAACAAAAACAAAAACAAAAAACCAUACACUUCAUGCUCACUUCUCUGGGAGCCAUGGCUAACAGCCUGCAGGCAGGAGACUCUCAAACCAGCUCCUGGAGGGCACUCCCAGGGACCCUGUUCCUACCACGAGCCCUGCCAGAGAGGCAGGCCAAGGAGACUUGUCCACCCAGGCGUGGCCGAGGAAGGGGUUUCCUCACGCUCUGCUGACCUGCCUUCCUUCCAUGCCUCUCAGCCCAGCUCCUGACAAAGGCGGGAACCUGAGCUCCUCGGCUUUAGGAACGUCCCCCAGAGCCCAUGGAGCAGACCGCCCCAGCUGCCUUCCCUCCCAAGAUCUCCAGCUAAUGCCUGGUAAAAGGAGGACUCCAGGGAGAAUGUUGGGGCCAACACGCAAAGCGCGUCACCUUCCAACCAGCGGAGAGUGAAGGAAAACAGGUACGGCUCGGCUUGUAACCUUCACUGGAAACAGAAACCAUCCUCAUCAUUGAUACCUGGUGAACUGCACAGAGAGCAACCUGCAGCUUUGCAAGUUUAUAAAUCCUUCAGUAUUUGUCAGCUGCCAGUAAACAAAAAUGCACACAGGAGAACUUUCCACCUGAACCCAACCUGGAGGCCGGCGUUCCCAGGUCCCGGCUGGGGUGACAGCACGCACUCGAGAGCCGGCUCAGGGCGAGCGGGACGCACGUGAGCGCAGGGAGGAAAUGCCAGCAGAUCCCACUCCACGUGACCGCCUCCCAAGAAUCGAGCCAUUCUUAGCCCUGCAGACGCUGGCUGCCUCCCUCUGACUUGGCCUCACGGCAGGGCAGGCAUUAGCAGUCCAGGCAGCUUCUCUCUGACUCCCUGCAAGGAGGGGUGCGGCGGGCAACAGGCUGGCCCCGCGCGGUUCCACCUGCAGGAGAGCCCUCGCAGGAGGCUCCGUGUGUGGGGCCGGCUCAGCUUUUCUCUGGCCAUGCCCAUGUCCCUUCUGUGCACAGAGACGCCAGAUGCACGUGCUCCCCUCUCUGCUUCCGACCUGAGCCUGCCCUCGGCCUCCGCUGUGCCUCCGAGGGCUCCUGUGUCCUGUGAGCUGAGUGAGCAUGGCCAGGCCUUCGCUCGACAGUAGACCCUUCUGUUGAUUUCCUCAUGGAAAAAAGGGCUCGUAACCAACAUCUCAAGCACACUGAACACCAGGGGCGGCUGCAUGGACCUGGACACGUGUCUGCCUGACCUGCCCCCGGGCUCUCGGUGGGAUGCCCCGCAGCGAUGCAGACAGGGGCCUGCGGGCAGAGGCCACGGCCUCCAGGAGCCAGGCUAUCAGAAAGGUGGGACAAGAGGCCAGCUGUGCUCAGUUUGCAGUGCGGUCCUGUCCAAGCACGGCCCCUCGUUUCUGGAACCCGGCUGUAAACAGCAGGAGGGAGGGGCGGUGGCGCCUGCCAAGGGAGGCAGAGGCCCUGCGGGGAACUUACCAGAGGAAAACAAGUGCUUGCAUCCUGGGGCCCUCACACGCACGCGCAGGAGGCCAGGCGCGCUGCUGAUAAGAGCCUGCGGGUUUGCAGAGAAGCGCAGCAGCGCGCAGGUCCUCACCAGAGGCCACCUCUGUCCCGCCAUGCUGCUCACCGACAGUGGCCAGGGCCCACAGCACCAAGAGGCUUGGGCCACAAAGUAAAGGUGCAUCCUGUCUGGAGCUUGUGCUGGCCCAGCGAGUGGAGCCCAGAGCCCAUCCCCCACUACCAACAUCCCCCAGAUUGCUGCCUGCCUGGCCCAGGAGGUGCUGGUCAAGAUGUGUUAGUGAGGGGCUAGACAAGGUGAGCACGUGAGAAGCAGGGGCCAGGGAGCCUGGACCCAGGACCUGGGGGUGCUGUGGCGGCGCUGUGGCGGCACUGUGGCUGGGCACACCCAGCAGCGGCCUAGCUCUGCAUGCCUGUCACCACCUGACCCUCACUGCGGCUGCUGGGCGGCAUUCACCAGGAUUGCACAAUGACCCACACCUCCCGUCCUGCCCACCAGCCUCUGGAUGGGAAUUCCCACAUCCACCCACCCGCCCAUCUGCCAGCUGCCUGAAUGCCUGGCCGCAGGGCCGUGUCUCCUGCUGUGGGGCGCACACUGCUAUUGGCACUGGGGACCUCGGGCCCUGGCCCCUCCGUGCUCUCCACCUCCCGAGCCUCCUCUUCCCACCCUGCUGUGGCCCUGUGUGUGGUGUGGGUCUUGCAGUGGCAGGACUCCAGUGGCGGCUGAGGACCCACUACCGCAGCCGGCCUCCUCACUGCUCUUGCCUCCGGGCACGGGAACGAUGCCGUCAGCUCGUCUGCCUGAGACGCUUUCUACUCCACUCCGAGAGCAGGAGGGUCACGGAGCCUCGCCGGCCGCCAUGUGGAGCUGCAGCUGGUUCAACGGCACAGGGCUGGUGGAGGAGCUGCCUGCCUGCCAGGACCUGCAGCUGGGGCUGUCACUGUUGUCGCUGCUGGGCCUGGUGGUGGGCGUGCCAGUGGGCCUGUGCUACAACGCCCUGCUGGUGCUGGCCAACCUACACAGCAAGGCCAGCAUGACCAUGCCGGACGUGUACUUUGUCAACAUGGCAGUGGCAGGCCUGGUGCUCAGCGCCCUGGCCCCCGUGCACCUGCUCGGCCCCCCGAGCUCCCGGUGGGCGCUGUGGAGCGCGGGCGGCGAGGUCCACGUGGCACUGCAGAUCCCCUUCAAUGUGUCCUCACUGGUGGCCAUGUACUCCACCGCCCUGCUGAGCCUCGACCACUACAUCGAGCGUGCACUGCCGCGGACCUACAUGGCCAGCGUGUACAACACGCGGCACGUGUGCGGCUUUGUGUGGGGCGGCGCGCUGCUGACCAGCUUCUCCUCACUGCUCUUCUACAUCUGCAGCCAUGUGUCCACCCGCGCGCUGGAGUGCGCCAAGAUGCAGAACGCAGAAGCUGCCGACGCCACGCUGGUGUUCAUCGGCUACGUGGUGCCAGCACUGGCCGCCCUCUACGCGCUGGUGCUACUCUCCCGCGUCCGUAGGGAGGACACGCCCCUGGACCGGGACACGGGCCGGCUGGAGCCCUCGGCACACAGGCUGCUGGUGGCCACCGUGUGCACGCAGUUUGGGCUCUGGACGCCGCACUAUCUGAUCCUGCUGGGGCACACGGUCAUCAUCUCGCGAGGGAAGCCCGUGGACGCACACUACCUGGGGCUACUGCACUUUGUGAAGGAUUUCUCCAAACUCCUGGCCUUCUCCAGCAGCUUUGUGACACCACUUCUCUACCGCUACAUGAACCAGAGCUUCCCCAGCAAGCUCCGACGGCUGAUGAAAAAGCUGCCCUGCGGGGACCGGCACUGCUCCCCGGACCACAUGGGGGUGCAGCAGGUGCUGGCGUAGGCGGCCCAGCCCUCCUGGGGAGACGUGACUCUGGUGGACGCAGAGCACUUAGUUACCCUGGACGCUCUCCACAUCCUUCCAGAAGGAGACGAGCUGCUGGAAGAGAAGCAGGAGGGGUGUUUUUCUUGAAGUUUCCUUUUUCCCACAAAUGCCACUCUUGGGCCAAGGCUCUGGUCCCCGUGGCUGGCAUCUGGCUUGAGUCUCCCCGAGGCCUGUGCGUCUCCCAAACACGCAGCUCAAGGUCCACAUCCGCAAAUGCCUCCUCGCCUUCAGCCUCCUCAGCAGUUUGUCAAUGAAGUGAUGAACGCUCAGAGCCAGUAUUUAUACUUUGUGGUUAAAAUACUUGAUUCCCCUUUGUUUGUUUUACAAAAACAGAUGUUUUCUAGAAAAAUGACAAGUAUUAAAAUCAACAAAACCCUACGAAAGAAUGGCAACAGCCAGGGUGGCCGGGCCCUGCCAGUGGGCGGUGGGUGCUAGCCGGGCCUGCCGGGUGUGCCGCGGUCACCACACGGUUCUGAGAACAUUUCACAGAAGUACCUGAGACGCGGAGACAUGGCUGGUGUUAAAUGGAGCUAUUCAAUAGCAGUGACGCGCUCUCCUCAGCCACCAAAUGUCCCUGACACCCUCCCCAGCCCCCACAGAUAACAUCAGCUGAGGUUUCUUUCAGUAUGAACCUGUCCUAAAUCAACUCCUCAAAGUGUGCACAAAACUAAAGAAUAUAAAUAAAAGAAAGUAAGGUGUGUUA